GAAGCAAUGACAGAUAACUUCAGACUGGAGGAGACUAGCCUACCUGCAGAGAUUGCCAGUGGACAGGUAAAGGUGAAGACCCUUUACCUGUCAGUGGAUCCCUAUAUGAGAUGCUGUAUGAAAGAAGACACAGGCAUUGAUUACUUAAAGCCAUGGCAGAUUUCACAGACUGUACAAGGUAUAGGCGUAGGAGUUGUUGUGGACAGCAGACAUGCCGGUUUCACCUCAGGAGAUACUGUGACAUCAUAUUAUUGGCCAUGGCAAACCGAGACUGUUGUGGAUGGGGGCCUUCUUCAGAAGCUUAAUCCUGCUCUAGUUGAUGGGCAUCUGUCCUACUUUCUGAGUGCAGUGGGCAUGCCAGGGCUUACUGCUCUGUUUGGAGUAAAAGAAAAAGGAUUUGUGACCCCUGGAGCCAAUCAGACUAUGGUUGUUAGUGCUGCUGCUGGUGCAUGUGGUUCCUUGGCUGGACAGAUUGGGCGUAUUCAAGGUUGCUCCAAUAUUGUGGGGAUUUGCGGCUCAGAUGAGAAGUGCAGGAUUUUGGUGUCAGAAAUGGGAUUCAAUGCUGCUAUUAAUUACAAGAAAAGUAUAGUGCUGGAGGACCUGAAGAAAUUCUGUCCAUCAGGAAUAGAUGUCUACUUUGACAAUGUUGGUGGCGAGAUAAGCGAUAUUGUUAUAAGCCAGAUGACGCACAAAAGUCAUAUAAUCCUUUGUGGACAAGUCUCGCAGUACAAUCGGGAUGUUCCAUACCAUCCACCUCUGCCUCCCAGCACUGAGGCCAUACUACGAGAAAAAAAUAUCACCAGAGAGAGAUUUCUGGUGCUGAAUUACUCUGACAAGUUUGAUGAAGCAAUGUUGCAACUUAGUCAGUGGGUGAAAGAUGGGAGUCUGAAGGUGCCAUUCCCUGCUAGGCUGGAUUCUAUUCUCCUGGCACCAGUAAUGAUGUUGAUAAAAGUGUCAGUGGAUGCAGUCUUGUCACCUUCUGUAUCGAGCAUGCUGUCAGUGUCAACAGCCUCUGUACCAGUACUGGAGGUGUCAGGAAUUCUUUCUGCCCAGAAGCUUAGGGUUGUCUCUUCAUCGUCUUCUUUUUUAGCAAUGAUUCUGUUGAGGUCAGUUCUAACAUCACUGAAGUUGCCCUUAUAG